AUGAGCUGUGCCCGUGAACCCAGAGACACGGCGGUAAAGCACGUGGCAAAGGAUGCGGUGAACCAAGCGCUGACUCCAGCGGCCAAGCGUGAUGAAGACUGCCUCACGGCGCCAUUUUCCAUCCUGUUGGAAGCAGGUGUUUUAAACCUCGAACAUCGUCCAUCAGUUGGGCCUUGGGAGUUGUCUCACAGGGUGGGCUGGCCGCCUGGCCGUCUGGCCCUCGCCAAUGCUGCGAGUGGCCGUGUCAGUGGCUCGCUGUCAUCGUGCCCCAUGGAGGUGGAGCACGAGCGCAAAUCGAGGUGCUUGGAACUGCGUCCAGUCAGCAAGGCAGGUUGGCAUAUGUGGGUUGGCAGUCGCGCCAAAGCUCUGGAAGACCUCAGGGAGUUGGACGAGUUGUUGGAAGAUGAACUUAUCGAGGAGGAGACACAUGCCACGCAGCUCCAGCACAUCCUGACGGAGUUUGGUGUGAAGAGCCGGGAAGAGCUGCUGAAAGGAGAGCCAGGAGAGCCAGCUCCAGCUCCAGAGCCGCCUGAAGAGUUUCCGAAGGAGGAGGAGGCGCAGCAGGCUCGGGUCCAGCUGCUGCAAGAACAGCUGCAAGAGUUGGACGAGCUGCUGGAGGAUGAACUGAUUGAAGAGGAGGUUCAUGCUGAACAGCGGAAGCACCUGCUUGCAGCGCUAGCCAGAGAAGGUCACCAGCCGUGA